AUGGAAGUGGCGCAUGGAGCACGGACAUCGGAGUGGCACGCGAAGAAGCGCGCGACUUGCAGCUCUCCACUCGAUAAGGUGAAGCUCUGCACCAUCCGUUCCAUCACCACCAGACACAUUCCUACCACCGCCACCAUGGGGGAUACAGACCAUCGUCGCGACUACAGACCAGGAGGUGGCAGAGGCAGAGGAGGGUAUCAUGGCGGCAACCGCAAACGCGGACGGGAGGACGAUGACUAUGACCAAAACUACCGCAACCAGCGCCAACGCCAAGAGCCUCCGCCAGGCACGAGGAUCCGACGAGGCCUGUGCGAGAUCGCCGAAGACCACGGCAGACUGCCUCACGAAGUCGCUGGCAACCUUGCGAAACUCGCCGCCGACAACUACGACGACGAAUACGUGAAAGAGACAUUCGGCACCGUCGCGCUUGGAGUGGUCGCAGAGCAGCCGUUCAAGAUCCCCUUCAUCGCCGCAGUGGUGCAGUAUGCGAACAUCGAGAAGUCCGAGGUCACGCAGGAUGUCAUCAAACGCACAACGGACAAGCUGCAGCAGGCUCUGGAGGCGGGGCAAUGGCGGCAGGUCAAGCUGUUGCUACGCUUCCUGUCUUGUCUGACGGAAUUGUUCCAAGAAGACGGCGUUUUGCCGAUUCUGGACGAGCUGUUCAGCCGUGCUGCAGAUCUGCAGACUGAGUCGCAAGAGGAUGCAGUGGGUAUUGAGCUGGUCAAGAUCAUCCUCCUGACCAUUCCAUACCUGGUCGCGGCCUCCAGGGACGAGUCAAUGUCGCAGAAAGUGGCCGAGCUGCUAGAGAAGACCGACAUCAUUGCAUCCACUACCCACACUCUCGAGACGCUGGUCGAUCCAUAUCCUACGACUAGCGAGAACGAGGAGAAGGCUAUGACUUGUGCAAGCGUGAUUUCGCUGCUGCAGUCACAGCUUAGCGAAGAGGCAAACAACGGAUGGAAGCUGAGCUGCAUACCACGAGUCUUCGAUCCUUCCUUCAAGCCUGGAGUCAAGAAGGAGUUGAAGGAAGAGGACGAAAACGAGGAGAUGAACGGCAAUGGCGAGGUUUCUGAUCCAGUCAAGCAUGCAUUUCCAACUGUCACAGUGCCAUCCUCGAUACAGUCAGGAUCCCGCAUCCUGCUGCCAGAGCUAUACUUCUCCAUCUUCGCAGACCAAGACAUCGAGUCUGUCCCACCUACCUCGAACAUCGCCUCUUCGCUCCUUCGCGACACAAUCACUGAUACGAUCAAUCUUCUCGACUUCAAUCGAAACAUCGUCGCCAAGUACCUCACGGAGAUCGACUGUUUCUGGACCAAGGACACCUUUGUGAAGCGAUCGACCACGUUUGACAAGCUGCGCGACAUUCAGGACGGUCGGCCCACCUGGAAGCCAGAAGAUAUUGUAAUCGAUGCCAUCUUCUCUCAGAUCUUCCAGCUGCCUACGCCGGAGCACAGAUUGAUCUACUACCAUUCUUUGAUCACUGAAUCUUGCAAGAUAUCUCCAGGGGCGGUCGCGCCCACGCUCGGUCGCGCCAUCAGAUUCCUAUUCCGCAACAUUGAUCAGAUGGACAUGGAGCUCUCUUAUCGCUUCAUGGAUUGGUUCGCUCACCAUCUGAGCAACUUCGAAUUCCGGUGGAAGUGGACAGAAUGGGAGGGUGAUGUUAAUCUUCCAGAUCUUCAUCCGAAGAAGGCCUUCAUCAACGGUGCUCUAGACAAGGAGAUCCGACUGUCUUUUGCCAAGCGUAUUCGCGAGACACUGCCAUCAGUAUAUCACCACCUGAUUCCGGCCAGUAAGGAGAAGGACAUGCCGGACUUCAAGUACAGCAACGACGCCACGCCGUUUGCAAAAGAAGGUCGCGAGGUAUUGGCAGCGCUCAAGAAGAAAGCACCAGAGGAGGAAGUGCAGCGCAUCCUCGACUCUGUCCACGAGCAGGCCAAAGGCAUGAACUUCGCCGAUCCAUUGGUACCAAGCACUGACAUCUACAUGACCUCGAUCCUCAGCAUCGGCUCGAAGUCAUUGUCGCAUGUGCUAUCCACCAUCGACCGAUGCAAGGAUCGACUCCUCAACAUUGGCCAACAAUCCGAAGCAGCUCGACGACAGAUCAUCGCAUCCGUGGUCGACUUCUGGGCAGAUCAUCCGGGUACAGCGGUCAACAUUGUCGACAAGCUGCUCAACUACAUGAUCAUCACGCCGAUGGCCGUCAUCCAGUACGCACUGCACGAUCGCAUGGACAGAGGACGCGCUCUCGCAUCUUCUCAGAUUUAUGAGAUGGUGUCCAUCACCAUGUUCAAGGUCACUAACCGUGUUCGCCAAGUGCUACGCGAGCGCAACAACAUGAGCCUGCGCUUCGAUCAACGCAAGCAGAUCGACGAAGCACUUCCACGCGAGCGUGAGGGAAUGAGGGAGCUCUUCGCUGCCAUCGAGGAUGCGGUCUCUGCCGUUGCCAACGGCGCUCAGGACGAGAUGAUCGAGCGCUACGACGGUGACAGCGCGGAGCGGGACCUCAUCGUACUAUGGGGCAGCCGCUGGACUAGAGUCUGGCGACGUAAGGCAGCGGUCGAAGAAGCGAUCGUGGGUGAUGAAGCCGUGGGACCUCUGGAAGAGCCGCCUGCAGUUGAGGAGGUGCAGGAUGCCAACGUGGCUAUGGAUGAGUUCGAUCAGGUAUCGUAG